AUGGGACUUGACACAAAAGCAACUAAUUGUAAGUGACUGGUGCUGUCAUUCUGUCAGUCGCUUGAUAAAAGUUGCAUUGUCAAUCACAUGGUUAAUAAUUAAUUAUUAUAUUUUUUUAAAUAUUACACUAUUAUAUUAUGUGAUAAAAAAAUGUACAUCAUCAUGCAUUAGUUGAUUAAAAAGUUUGACAGUUUGACAAAAGUUUGACAGUCAAUAUUAUAUAAUAUAUUUAUGGAUAUACUGUAUUUCCCUUUUUUUUUAAUUUUUCGGUUUUGAUACCAACAGAUGUCACUAAUAUCAUUUUAAACAUCUUAACAUUGCAAAAUUAAUUAUUUUUCCACCAUUAGUAUUGCUAUUGUUCCAUUCCAUGAUUUAACAACAUCUUGUAGUAAACUACAGCUAUUUCUAGCCAAAUACCAAACAGGUUGCAUUGCAUUUGAAUACAAACUAAAAUCAGUUGAUUUAAGUUUUUCAAGAUAAUUAACAUCAUUAACUUUAUUGCAAAAGCAUAAUCUAAAGAACAUAAAAUAUCAUUUUGCAAUGAUUUUUCAGUAUUUUUGUUUUGUAUUUUAUAUUGGAUUACAGAAAUGAUUCCUCUCCAUAGAUAUAAUAUUGUUUUGUAGCAUUUUUCUGUAAUAAUUUCUCUUGAUUUUUACAAAAAUUCCUUGAUAAAUGAUUUUUAUAUUCGAUUUUUUGAACUGUAAGAUUUUUAUAGGGACAUUAAAACUGUUAAAUCUUUUUAACAUUUGUUGAGAAAACUCUUGAGAAAUUAAAAAAUGACCUCCUUAAAGUAACUCCCCACAUCAAUUUCCUUUCAGAAAAAGUGCUCCACAUAAAAAUCUAGUAUAAAAGUUGUCCACAGAACAAAAAAAAAACAUUGUAAAACCAUAAGUUUCUUUACUGUACCCAGAAUCUAAAAACAUUGAAUUCGUACUUGUUUACUUGUAAAUGAAUAUUGAUCUGUGUAGAUUAGUGGAAAAGUAUUAAAAAAAAAAAUGUAAAAUGUGAAAAACUAGCAAUUUUUAAAAAAUAAUUCUAACAUUCCAGAAAUUACCAAGAAUUCAGAUUAUAUGCUAUUUAUUGGUGAGCACAUUGUGUAAACACUUAAAUAUCACUAUGCAUAUGACAACUAUAUUUUAAAGACAACUUAUAUUAUCUAGUCAUUAUCUAUGAUAAAAGUAUAACUAUUAGUUGUAUAUUCUUCAAUUACAAUCUACACAUUUUUAAUUAAAAUAGUUUCUCAUCAUCUGGUUUAAUUUAAAAUUGUCUGUCUACUUCAUCUUCAGGUUUAAAACCCAUGUAUGAUUGAAAUUAUAUGAUUGAAUAUACAUGGUGGUGUCCUAUAAAGAUUAUACAAAUGUAAUAAUUUUUUUUGUUUAAUAUUUUAAAUAUUACUCUUUUUGCAAUACUAAAACCUUGUGCUAUUCCUCUAUUAUAUAUUUGUUUGAAAUAAGAAUCUAAAAUUAUUUUUUAAAAACUUCAAACUUUUAACUUCAAAAAAUAAUAUCAAUUAUUCUUUAAUAUUUUCAUUUUAAACUAAGUGAGGAAUGCAUUAGUUUUUAAUGAUGUUUAUUUUUUUUUACUGUAUAAAUUUUUAAAUGAUAUUUAUCAAAUGUUUCAGUUAACAUUAAUAUAUAUAUAUAAAUAAAUAUUUUUUAUUAUUUUCAGCUGAAAGAUUUGAAUAUGCAAAAUCCUUAUUUGAUAGAGGGAAUUAUGUAAGUUCCCAAGAAGUCUGUGAAAUUAUGAAUGCACUGCUACCCAACAAUAUGAAUAUUUUGCUCUUAUUAUCAGCAUCCUAUUAUAUGCAGAAGAAAUAUGACAAAUCUUUAGAAAUUUUACAUAAAGUUCCAGAGAAAUAUAGUAGAAGUGCAGAAGUAUUAAAUAAUAUAGCAGCAAAUUAUUUUCAAAAAAAUGAUUUUCCAAAAUCCUAUAAUUAUUAUCGUUUAGCAAUAAGAGAAAAACCAAAUUUGAUUGAAUGUUGGUUAGGUUUUAUUAUAUUAUUACUUAAAAUGGACAAUUAUAAAAUUACUAUUCGAGUUCUUAACAUAAUAAUUCAUUAUAAGCCUAAUUUACCUAAAAUAUAUAAUUUAUAUGGCCGAUUACUGAUAAAAUUAAAUAAGUUUCAAGAUGCAGGUGACUAUUUUCAACGGGCUAUACAAUUAGAUCCUAAAUCAGAUUCAUCUUGGGCAGGUUUGGGAGAUAGCUUUGCAUUUAAUAAAAAAUUUAAUAGUGCAAUUAUAUGUUACGAAAAAGCACUACAAUUUAAUAGAUCUUCUAUAAAUCUUCAUAUAAAUAUAGGAUUUAUGUAUUAUCAACUGAAACAAUUUGAUAAAUCAAGUUUUUAUUUGAAAACUGCUAUUCAGAUGUCUCCAAGAAUAAAUUUUGAUAUUUUACAUAUAUUGUGUCGCGCAUAUUUUUUUAAUGGAAAUAUUACGGCUGCUAUGAAAACUUACUCUUUGUAUUUGAAAAAUCAAUCCAAUAAUCCAGUUGUAUUGAAUGAUAUGGGGUUAAUAUAUUUACAUCACUUUCAUAAUAUAACAGCUGCUGAACCAUGUUUUGAAAUGUGUGUUGACUUACAUAAAAGAAACCCUUUAUAUUAUAAAUGUCUUAUUUCUGUAUAUAAACAAAUAGGUAGAAAAGACAUAGGUUUUAAAAUAGCUACACAGUGUGCUGAUAUACAUUUUUUACAAAAUGAUUUUAUUGGUGGAAUUAGUGCAUUACAGUAUGCAGUUAACCUGUUUCCUGAAAAUUAUUAUCCCCAUUGGAAGACGGGACUUAUGUUCUAUAAUUUGAAGCUUGACCAUAAAGCUUUAUUGAGGUAAAUAAUCUUAUACAAUAUUGUGAUAAAUAUAGUAUCAUCCUUUGUAAUAUUAUUAAAUGUGAUUUACUUAAUGCAUGAACUUUUUUAAAACCAACAAGUGAAAACACCAAAGAAAACAUAUAUAUUUCUAGUUUUUAAUAAUUUUAAUUUAAAGUUUUGAAAUUAAAAUCAUGUAUAUUUUCACAUUCAAUUUAACAUUUGUGUGUACUUUCAAACCACUAGCAUAUAUGUAUUAAUUCUUUUUAAAUUUCAUUAAACAGGUAUAUUGAUGCAAAGAGAAUGAAACAGAACGUUCCCUUAAUUUUUACUAGUUUUGCAUUUAUUCAUGAAAAAAAAAAUGAACUAGAAGAAGCUGAACAAUUUUACAGAAAAUCUUUACAGUUAUACCCCAAAAAUUAUGAUGCUAUUCGUAAUCUAAUGGACAUUAAACAGCAAGAAGGCAAUACGGAUGAUGUUAUUACACUUUUUCAUUUAUUGCUAUAUCAUUUUCCUGAUAAUUUUGAAAUACUUAAUGAUUUGGCAAAUUAUUUUUAUAUUGAAAUUAACAACCCCAAAGCAGCUUUUAAUUAUUUUAAAAAAGCUUUAAAAAUCUGUGAUACCGAUUUUAAUACCUAUUUAGCUUUGGGAACAUUGUCGCUUGAAUUGAAUAAUAUAAAUGCUGCGUUAAAUCAUUUUUUGAAAGUACUUGAACUAUUUCCAGAUUGUUUAACAGCUCACUUAUAUAUAGGAUUUAUUUAUAAAGAAAAGAAACAAUUUAAUGAAGCGAUAAAUAAAUUUAAAAAAGUAUUAAAUCUUCACCCAAAUCACCCAGAUGCAUGCUGUUUCUUAAAUCUAUGUCAAAGGUAUAUUUGUAAGUUUACAAAUUUCAAUGGGAUAUACCUAAACAAAUUAAAAGAUAUUGUUUUACAUCAAUUGACUAAUAACGAAGUGCCAAGUAUUUCACUACAACACUCUUUACUAUUUAAUUUUGAAUCUGAAGUGCUAAUAAAAAUUGCAUCAACAUUUGCAAAACAAUUUGUUGAUAAACCAUAUAUACAAAGAAGGUUAUCUCAAGGAUAUGUACAUGAUAUAACUGUAUCUAAUAAUUGCAUCCGUAUAGGAUAUAUAUACAUGGAUUGUAGUAGCCAUCCUACAACAGAGUUGGUGAAGUUUAUUAGCAAAUCACAUGAUGGGAACAAAUUUGAAAUAUUUUGUUAUUCUCUAACACCAAUAAAUAGAUUAAGGUAAAUAUUCAAUUUAUAUUUUUUAACUAAAUAUAUCUAAUAUAAUAAAUUGUUUGCAUAUAUGUAUUUAUACUAUUGACAAUAUACUUAUAUAAAUAUAAAAAUUAAUGUGACAGUAUGUUCAUCAAAGAUUUAAUCACUUAUUACAUUGCAUUUGUAAAAUUAAAAUUCAAAAUAAUCUUUUGUGAAAAAAAAACUAUGACAUUAAUUUUUGAAUUUACUAGUAUUUUGACAUGUGAGAAUAAUCUAUUUUAUAAACUUCAACAUUAUGAUUAGUAGACAUUUUUACUUUAAUAUUUUAUGGAUCUUGAACAACCUUUUUGUUUUGAUUUUCAUGUGUAGCACUUUUUCUAAAAGAAAAUUUGAUUAGGGUGGUGGUACUUAAAGGAAGUCAAUAUUUGUUUGUUCUAGGGGUUUUCAUAAUAAAUGAGAAAAAAUUUAGAAAAAACUGGACAAUUUAUGGGAAGUGUAUUAUUUUCAAAUUGUAAAUAUUACAACCUUUCAAAACAUGUAUAAUUAAAUUCUGCUUAGAGUCGUUUUUCAUUUGCAAAUAUUAACUAUUGAGUAUAGAUUGAUUACUCUGAAUAUUGUAACCAUGUACCUAAAUGUGAUUGUAACAUAUCAUACAUACAUACACUUUAUAGCAAAAAUGUAUAAUUUAAUGAUGUUAGUGUAUUGGCCAUAUAACACUCAUAAUUUUGUUUUAAUUCCAUUUUGUCUAAAGAGGGGCUAUAGUCCCCUCAAAUAUUUAGUUCUAGCUACGCUUAGUACCCCUAAUAGUCUAAGAAUGUAAACAUUAUGCAGUUUUACUCUUUAAAAAGCAGAAAUAUAAUGGAAAACUUGAGUUUAUUUUGUAAUAAUUCUAUGUUAGUCAAUAUAAUAAGUAGGGCAAGGUUGUGUAUUUGCAAAUUUUUUCUACCUUUUCAAUUUAUUGCCAAGUAAAUUUUAAAUAUGUCUCAUGGAAGUACGAAUUCAAAUUUAGAAGUUUUAAAUGCAAAUUUUUGAAAUUUUUCAAUUUUGUUGGAUUUACUCUUGUAUAUAACUAUUCUAGAACUUAUCACUAGCCAUACAAUUUAAUUUUGGUAUCUUAUCUUUAUUUUGAUAAUUUCAAGUUGGUAGGUAUUUAGCACAAUACAAAAAUAUUUUGUGAAAUGUGACUGAUUGUUAUAAUUUGUUCUUCAGUCACUCCAUGCAUUUUGAGUGAUCAUGUUCUGUAAAUAUGUCGAAAAUUAAGCCAAAUAUUUUUACUGUUAUAAAAAAAAUUGUUAUUUGCAACACUACAAUCAAUUUACUAGUUUUUUACUACUAAAACAACUGUGCUCUAAUAAUAAGUGUAAAAAAAUUAUUUUGACUGAAAAAUAUUAACUAACAUUUUUAGGGUAAAAAUUGUAAUUCUUCAAUAAAAAGGAGUAAACAUUUUUAACAAAACUACUCUAUCUCACUUGAUAAUUAGUUAACUAAUUGAUCUCAAAUUUUUAAAAUCAUCCACAAAAUAUUCCCAUAAAAAAUAAUCAUUAAUCAAAUGUAGGACUUUUUGCAUUUAAAAAUGGGACUUUUGGACAGCUAAAUAAUGGUUCCCAUAGCACUGUGUGCUUUUUAAAUACAAUUGUGGUCAAAAUGAUAAUGAUAAUAUAUAUUUUUAAUUUUUUACAUUAUUAUUAAUUUGUCUUAAUUUAUAAUUAUUUAUUAUCAUAAUAUUUGUUUAGAUCAAAUAACUCAUAUGCGGCUGAUUGUUUUAUUGAUAUUUCCAACCUCAGUUCAAUUGAUGCAGCUAAAAAAAUAAAUGCAGAUAGAAUUCAUAUUUUAAUUGAUGUGGGCGAUUCUACAAAAGAUCUCGAGUAUGAAAUAUUUGCAUUGAAACCAGCUCCAAUUCAAGUUAAAUUACUUGGACAUCCUGGAACUAGUGGUGCUACUUUUAUAGAUUAUUUAAUAACAGAUAAAGAAUGUUCUCCGCCAGAUUUAGAUUAUUUGUAUACUGAAAAGUUGGUUUACUUGAACCGAACUGUAUUUUUUGGUGAUCACAUGUUAUUAUUUAAUGACCUAAGUCAACGAAAUCCUCGAAACAGAACAACAAAUAGAAAUAAUUGCAAUGAAACCAUUGGCAGCUUUGACAGUCAUAAUACUUCUUAUAUGUACAGCCUUCAAAUGUUUCCUGAUGGUUUUAUAAAACACUAUACAAGACAAAUGUAUAAUCUGCCAGAAGACUCUAUAGUGUAUUGCUAUUUUGGACAACUUUAUAAAAUAGAUCAAACUACUUUAAAUAUGUGGACAAAAAUUCUAAAGGGUGUUAAAAAUUCAGUGUUAUGGCUUUUAAGGUUUGUUAAGGAUACCGAAAAUAACAUUCAUGAAUAUUUUGAAUAUAAUGGUAUUGAUCCAGUACGAAUAAUUUUCAGCAACAUAGCACCUAAGGCUGAACAUCUGAGAAGAAUUCAGCUGGCUGAUGUAUAUUUAGAUACACCAUUUUACAAUGGUCAUAAAAGUUGCUUAGAUGCAUUAUGGGCAGGAACGCCAAUAGUAACAUUAUCUGGAGAUACAUUUGUGUCCCGCAUGACUACUUCACAAUUACUUGCAGUAAACUGUCAAGAAUUAAUUGCUUUCAAUGAAGUUGACUAUACCAGAAUAGCAAUAAAAUUAGGGAAGCACACCCAUCUAUUGGACCAAAAAAGACAACAAAUAUGGCAAUCGAAAACAACAAGUUUACUGUUUGACUGUGAAUCCUAUUGUAGGGAACUAGAAAAUCUUUACUUAGAUAUGUGGAAAAAAUUAUUUUAAUCAGUGUAUAUGAGUUGCUACAGUGUGGGAAUGAUAAGCAGUAAUAUUUGUUUUUUUAUUUAAGAUUUUAAAUAUAAUUGUGUAACAAAAAAAAAAAAAAUGACUAUAUACAGUUAUUUUCUAUAAAUACCACUACUUUCUUUAAUUACUAAACUAUAAAUUUUAAUAAUAAUAAUUUGUGUUCAUUUUUUUAAAUAGUAAAUUAGUUUUAAUAUGUAAUAAUUUUUUAUAGUUAUUUAAAUAUUUAAACCC